AUGGAGAUCAUCGACGCGGAGCUGCGCCUCGGCCCGCCCGGCAGCGGCGGCGGCUGCGACCUGGCCUUCGCCGGCGCGUCGGCGGCGCAGAAGAAGCGUCCGUCUUCGUCGUCGGCGGCGGCGGCGGCCAGGAGCGAGGCCUCCGGGACCGACGACCACGACGCCGCGCCGGCUUCCAAGGUGCAGGUGGUGGGCUGGCCGCCGGUGGGCGCGUACCGCAAGAGCACGUUCUUCCAGUCGGCGACGUCCACGUCCACAUCGACGGCCGACAAGGAGAAGGGCGAGGCGCGGGAAUCCGCGGCAGCCGGGAAGAGACCAGGGGCCGGCGGUGGGCUGUACGUGAAGGUGAGCAUGGACGGCGCGCCGUACCUGCGCAAGGUGGACCUGCGGACGUACGGCGGGUACGGCGAGCUCAGGGCCGCGCUCGACAGGCUCUUCGGCUGCUUCUCCUCGCCGGACCCCGGCGCCGCCGGCCAGUUCGCCGUCGCCUACGAGGAUAAGGACGGGGACCUCAUGCUCGCCGGCGACGUGCCAUGGGACAUGUUCAUCAGCUCUUGCAAGAGGCUCAGGAUCAUGAGGGGCUCCGAAGCGCGAUGAAGAAGAUACAUGGUGCCAUGGAGAGCAUAUACACAUCAAGUGAUCUGGACAUGCAUGAUGGAUUUGGUCGUGGCUCAGGAUCAGAGAGUUGGACGCAAGCACGCUCAUGAGUUCUUAUGCACGAGCCAGAUGGCCAUGGGUGAACGCGUGGGAUGCGAGCACACGUCUGUGCCCUGCAAAGGCACUUGGUACGUCGUACCAACGAAGAGGGGACUCAUGGUUCGGGACUCCAGGGGAUCAAGAUUCAGAAGAACGCGCGCCGGCCGGGUAGAUCGGCGUGCAGCAGUACUCUUGGAGUACAUGUACAGUCGUCAGAGAUUCAGCCAAGUGAUUCCUAGAAGAACUGGCACUUGUAUAGGUUCUUUGCUUAGUUUUUAGUUUCUGGUGAUCUGUAUCGAUCCACGAGGAUCCGGGACACGAAGCAUAAAGCGAGAGGGGGAUUGAACUCCAAGUUUGCUCCUUCUUUCGCCGAGAUUCCUCCUAGUGAGGGUAGAAGUUUAUGUUUAAGAAGUGAGGGUACAAGUCAUAAACUAAUGUUAUCUCAACUGUUAAACAAGAAAGAAUGCGUCUUAUCAACAAGCUUUGUUUCAUUC